UCAAGCGUUAACACAAACAAACCAGCAGGAAUUGAAUCAACAGUGUUUGUACCCUAAGGCAGUCAUGUGCAGAAAAAACUUUUCUGAAGGCUUUCUGGGACCUUUUAAGUUAAUCGCCUAAUCAAUAACAGCAACAUAAUUAACGCUAGAAUUGUGAAUAUAAGAUGAAUUUCUCUGAGGUCUUCAAGCAGUCCAACCAGCUUUGUAAAGUUUCCCCGGAUGGAAAGUAUUUAGCUUCAUGUGUGCAGUACAGAUUGGUGGUGCGAGAUGUCAGCACCUUGCAGAUCCUGCACCUGUACACCUGCCUGGACCAAAUAUCCCAUAUGGAGUGGUCAUCUGACUCUCUCUUUAUUCUGUGUGCUAUGUACAAGAGAGGAUUAGUACAGGUGUGGUCUCUUGAACAGCCGGACUGGCACUGUAAGAUUGAUGAGGGUUCAAUAGGACUAGUCUCCUCACGCUGGAGUCCAGAUGGACGUCACAUUCUCAACACCACUGAGUUCCAUCUGAGAAUCACCGUCUGGUCACUGUGCACCAAAGCUGUAUCUUACAUCAAGUAUCCCAAAGCAUGUCAGAAAGGUAUAGAUUUCAGCAGAGAUGGGUGCUAUAUGGCCUUGGCUGAACGCCGUGACUGCAAAGACUUUGUUAGUAUAUUUGUGUGUGACGACUGGCAUUUACUCAGGCAUUUUGAGACUGAGACACAGGACCUGGUGGGAUUGGAGUGGUCUCCAAAUGGCUGUGUACUAGCAGUAUGGGACAGCUGUCUAGAGUAUAAGGUGUUGCUGUACUCUUUGGAUGGCCGGUUGCUGUCAACCUACAGUGCCUAUGAGUGGUCGCUGGGAGUCAAGUCAGUGUCCUGGAGUCCCAGCAGCCAGCUCCUUGCAGUUGGCAGCUAUGAUGAAAAAGUGCGCAUCAUCAAUCAUAUCACAUGGAAGAAAAUCGCACAGUUUGAGCACCCUGCAACAGUUGACAACACAAAAGCUACUGUGUAUAAAGAGGUAGAGAGAAGGCCAGCUGUUGGCACUGACGAAGUGUCUCUGCACAACAUCACUGCCGGCACUACACUCUUCAACACGCAGAGCAAAUAUGAGAUAUGCUCACUGCCAGUCCAAAUUCCUGUGGUCAAACCGGACCCAGACCGAGCCAACCCCAAGAUUGGUAUCUCUGCUUUAGCGUUCAGCUCUGACAGCCGCUAUCUCGCCACCAAAAAUGACAAUAUGGCCAGUGCUGUUUGGGUGUGGGACAUGCAGAAGAUGAGCCUGGAGGCUGUGCUGGAGCAGACAUCAGCUGUACGAUGCUUUCAGUGGGACCCCUGUCGUCCCCGGUUGGCACUGUGUACUGGCAGCACCAAGCUCUAUCUCUGGUCCCCAGGAGGCUGUGUUGCCGUUCAGGUGCCUGCUGAAGGUGGUUUUCAAGUUCACUCUCUGAACUGGCACUGCAGCGGCAGCUCUUUGAUACUGCUCGGAAAGGAGCAGCUGUGUUUGUGCUACAUGGACUCUGAUGAGGAAGACAAGUAAAGCACACAAAAAUAAGAAUAACUGGGAAUCACCCAGUUCAGGCAUAUUUUGUCGUACACACGUGCUGAAUUGAUGAGCAGUGAAAACACUCCUGAAAACAUCAGCUUUCAUAUGCUGGACUGUAGCUGCUCUUUAGGCCCUCACUGUGGGUUACUGCGAUGUUUAUGUCCUUGAAUGAAAACCUUGAAUCCUCCUGAUAAAUAUGUACUGAAGCACUAGUUACAAACACUGUGAGAAUAUGAAAGUUUACAGUUUUCUAUAGAUUUCACUGUAGUCUUAGCGCUACGAUUUCCUGUGUAUUA